AUUCAUAUCUUUGUUUUACGGCCCAUGGUUUCUUCAAGCCCGUGUCUCUGCACCAUCACCACGCCUUGACCUACAGCUCUGGAAACACAUGUGUAUCUUUGAGGUAAAUCCAUAUGCCAGGCAUUCAAAAUGUACAGUUGUAAUAAGUAAAAAAUAUUGGAGUGUUCAUAACAUGAAGGUCAAUAAGUAAAAAACUUCUAAUAUAUUCUAGGAUGUAGAUAAUGAGAUAGCCCAGGAAGUGAAAUCCUCCAUACUCAGACACCAAUGGUACCUCACUGAAUCCCUGGUAGUCUUUGCCCUGUUUGAUGAUGGCCUGGAUGACAUCACACGGGAAAGUAUGGCAAGACGUCUAUUGGAAAUCCAAAGACCAAAUGUCUUCAACCCUGGGAAGACAGAUUUCCACACUGAUAUACUCAUUCAGCCCAACCAAGAACUUAUUGACUUUUUAGGGCCAAGAUCUUGGUUGUUAUUUGAUCUUACAAAUGGGGAUACAACUUGGCUCAAUCUACCCAUCAACCAGUGGGCUACACAUCAAGGAUAUAUUACAUUAGCAGCUAUUGUGCAUAAUCUGCAUGUGGUUAAUGACGCUGCAGAGAGGAGCGUAAAAGACAUACAAGACUACGCCAAUGCUGCCCGUGAUGGCACUGUGAGGGCUAGAAUGAUUCUGGUUUCCUCCUCUCAUAGGGCCAAGAUCCCUGCAUUCCUAAAAAAUGAAAUGCAGAAUAAUCUGUAGACAUUAGACAUUGUUAUUAUAACAUGUUAGAUCAUUUAUGAGUACAUGGGUGGAACUAAUUCAGUGUAAACCAUUAUCUAAAUGAAUGCAUGAUCACCUUAUAACCAGGACUCUAAAAUAUGGUUUACAGUGCUUAACCCUUGCAGUACCAUUUAUCUAAUUGUUAUUACCAUCAGUAUUACCAGUUUGAUGGUGUUUAGUAGUUAGAGAUAAGCUACCAUAUGAAUAACAGUAAAAGAGCAAAUAGUUUGUUUCAAAAUGUGAUAUAUUUGCGAUUUUCGCUCAAAUAUUAGUAGGAAAAGGGUUAAAUAAUUAAUGAACAAGGUAUACUAUGUUUUCAACUGUAUGAUAAUAC